CCGCGCUCAACGCCCUCGGGCGCCCGCCGCCUCUCCUCGCGCCACGCAGCCCUCCACGACCCGCCCUCCCAAUCAACAACAAAGCCGCAAGCCCUCUUCGUAACCCUCCUCUCCGCCGCCACAACCCUCACUCACCACCUCCUCCGCCUUUACCUCAACCUCACCCUGACCCAGCGCAUCCUCUUGUCCCUCGCCGGCAUCGCCGCCCUCGCGCUCGGCGUGACCGUCCUCGUCUACUCGCACCACCUCUUCGGCCUGCUCACCCCGCUCGCCGCCGCCUGGCGUGGCCACCCGCUGGGUUGGCUGCCCAUCUGGCUCGCCACGUUCCUGACGGCGUUCCCGCCGCUGAUGGGCUACUCGACCUGCGUGACUGUUGCCGGGUUCGUGUAUGGUUUCCCGCUGGGGUGGCCUGUCGCUGCGAGCGCCACGCUGGCUGGGAGCACGGUCGCGUUCUUGACGAGCAGGGGUGUGUUUGCGCGGUAUGUGCAGGGCUUGGUGGGCAGGGAUAAGCGGUUUAUUGCGCUGGGCCAGGUGUUGAGGAGGGAUGGGUUGGGUGUGUUGGUUAUGGUGCGGUUGUGUCCGCUGCCGUAUAGUCUGAGUAAUGGGUUUCUGGCGACUGUGGGGAGUGUUGGGGCGAGGGCGUUUGCGUUGGCUACUGUUGGGGCAACACCGAAGCUGCUAGUGCACGUCUUCAUCGGCUCGAGGCUUGCCCUGCUCGCCGAAUCGGGCGACAAGAUGACCGGGCUGGACCUCGCCGUCAACUACAUCAGCAUGGCAGUCUUUGGCCUACUGGGCUUUGGCGUCGGGUUGCUCAUCUACAGGCGGACCAUGGCGCGGGCGGCCGAGCUGGCGCGCGAGGCAGAGCUCGAGGCUGGGGAUGCGCUCCUCGACAGCACGGGUGCUGAUGACGAUCUGGAGCAAGGCGUGCUCGGCGACGACGUGGAGAACGGGCGGAUGGUGGAUCCGGACGAGCUGGAUGCUGCCGCGCUCAUGGACGACGACGACAUUUCGCUGUGGGAUACAGCAGGCGGGGACGGGUAUCGAGAC